AUGUCGGAUUUGAUACUUUGUGGUCCAUGUGGCUAUGCUGAAAAUAAUGAAAAGGCAGAGAAGUGGUGUACAGUUUGUGAAGAGGGGUUAUGUGCAGAUUGUGAGAAAGUCCACAAAUCUAUCAAAACAACACGGAAUCAUAGGCUUAUAUCCACCGAAGACUACCGGCAGAUAGAAAAUAUUUCUGUUAAUCUAAACUGUGAGGAUCAUGACAAACGAUUUGAACUUUAUUGUAAAACACAUGAUGUUGCAGUAUGUUUAAGUUGCGUUCCAACUCAUCAUAGAACAUGCUCUGACGUCAUCCCUUUAGAAAAAGCUGCUGCAAAUGCAAAGCAAUCAACUGCAUUAGCUGAUUUGGAGGACACUUUAACCUUGACAAUACAAAAUCUUGAACAAAUCAUUGCAGACCGUGAUUCUGCAUCGAAGAAGUUAGAAAAUCAGAAGAAAACCAUCAAAAAUGCCAUCAAUGCUACACGAGCAAGAAUAAUGGACAAGUUAGCCGAUUUAGAACAAAAACUACUUUCCGAAUUAGACACGAAACAUCGUGAUUGUAAAUCCGAAGAAGGCAAACUUCUUACCAGUUUAAAUAAUUCCGAACGGGAUUUGAGUUGUCUGAGAGAGCAAACUUCGCAAUUGAAAUCAUUCGCGUCCGACAUUCAACUUUUCCUAGGAACGCGAAAGAUCAAUAAAGCGGUGUACAGAGAAGUAGAAUCCGUCAAAGAAAGAAUCAAGUGCUUCAAGAAUUAUGAAAUGAACUUAACGUUAAAUCCAUCUAUAAUGGCGUUAAUGAAUGAGUUAGAUCAGUUCGGAAAAAUAUCGGUUAGGACAACUACAACUAAUUUGCCAUUCAAAGAAGCAAAAGUAGACCAAGCCCAGAUAGAGCUCCGAGUGUCUGAUAUGAAAAACAUUAAUAAUGUCCGUCUCCAGUUGUCCAAUAAAUUUAAAGUGAAAAAAGAAAAGUCCAUGUGGCUGUCUGGGUGUGACAUGUUACCAAAUGGCAAUUUGUUGAUAGCUGAUUAUUACGGAAAGAGUGGUCUAAGAGAGUAUAGUGAAGACGGUAAACAUAUCCAUGACAUUGCGUGCUCUUACUCACCGUUUGAUUUAACAAUCAUAGACACUGACCGUAUUGCUGUAACAUAUGGCAAUGGUCAAUACAUAGAGAUUUUAGAUAUGAAAUACAAUAGUGUUGAAAGGAAAGUCAAAUUUAAAGACGACUGCUAUGGAAUAUCAUACCAGGACAAUAAACUAUUUAUUAUUAUUGGUGGAAUUGUAAUAACAGAUAUUAGGGGUGUAAUACUGAAAACAUUAAACAUUGGAUGCGGAUUAUACUUGGAAACCACAAAAGAUAGAAUUUAUCAUACAAGUAAUUUUUCUGCUACUGUAAAUUGUAUCUCCAUGACAGGUGAGAAAAUAUGGGAACACACGAAGGAAUCCCCUGUCGAUCUGAGUGGCAUUACCGUUGACGAUUACCAAAAUGUAUUUGUUACUGAUAAAGCGACGAAUACCAUAAUCGCAAUACAAUAUGACGGACGUAGCAGUAAAAAAAUAGCUUCAAAAACUGACGGUUUAAGUAAACCAAAUGCGUUACACUACAACAAAGACAAAAAAGUAUUACUUUUGUGUAACUAUGAAGAUUGGGUCGUCUUAUACAAUCUUGUCGAGUAG